AUGGCGACCAUAGCGACCAUCAUGGGUGAGCAACGGCCAUCCCCGCAACAGGUUGCCGACGAGAAGAAGUUCUCGCGCGUGACGGCAAAGAGCCUCGAGAAGGUAGACGCGGAGCACGUGCCGGAAGAGCUCAAGUGCCCGAUCACCAAGCGGCUCUUCGAGGACCCGGUCGUGCUGCCCUGCUGCGGCGCCUCCGUCUCGGGCAGCGCGCUCACGCAGGCGCUGGUGGAGGACCCCGCGUCGGGAGGGACGCGCUGCGUGCUCUGCGCGACCACGGGCGUGCGCGUGGACGAGGUCGUGCCAAACAAGCACGCGCGCGAGAUGCUGCGCGCGCUCUACGAGGACGUCAAGCACGCAAAGGCGGACGCGGCCGCCGAGCCGGCGGCGAACGCCGCAGAGACGUUCGUCCCCGAGGCGGGCGCCGCCGCCUCUGGCGUCGUCAAGAGCGAGUCGGCGGCGGCGGCGGCGCCAGACGACGAUUGGGGGCCGCUCGAGCCGGCGACGGCGGGGAUGGGGGGGAUGCCCAUGGGGGGGAUGCCCAUGGGGGGGAUGCCCAUGGGCGGGGUGCCCAUGGGGGGGAUGGGCUUUGGCGGUGGCGGGGGCAUGCCCAACGACAACAACGGCGGCCACGGGCACCGGCCGGGCGACUGGGUGUGCCCGAACUGCAGCGCCAACGUCUUCGCCUCGCGGCACAGCUGCUUCAAGUGCAACACGCCGAAGCAGGUCUGGUUCCAGCAGCAAGCCAUGCUGCAGCAGCAGAUGAUGCAGCAGCAGCAGAUGAUGCAGCAGCAGAUGCUGAUGAUGCAGCAGAUGCGGGGCGGGGGCAUGCAAGGAGGAGGCAUGCAGAGCGGAGGAGGGCCGAUGCAGAUGCCGCACCGCGGACAGCAGAUGCCGCGACCAGCGCAAGGCCCAGGAGGCGGAGGAGCCCGAAACUCAGACUCUCACGCCGCUGCUAUCAUGUCACAGGCGCGUGAGCUGAUCGACUCCGUCAAGCGGAGGCGCGAGCGGGAGAGCGGCGGCGGCGACUUCAACGGCGUGGUGGUGAAGGUGGAGGGGCAGCCGGCAAAGGAGCGCGACGCCCAACUGCGCGCCGCGGCGAUCGACGUGGACAACGACGCGCAGAGCUGCUCCGCUGGAGGCGCCGCCGAGCCGCACCACCCGCCGCCCGUUGGCCAGGUGCGGCGGCUGCCGAGCGGUGUCUCGUUCGGGGACGACGAGGACGGCCUCCUGGCCUUGGGCCAGGAGUCGUGACAGUUGUGUGUUUGUGUCCGUUGAGAGGUAUUUACGCCAGGGGCGCGCACAGAAACUGGGAGUGGGACCCCCCCAUGCUAUAUCGGUGUCGCUAACGGGUGUGUGCGUGGCACCAGCGUGGGCGCCUGGGCGCGUGCCCCGGCCGUCAAGCGGCGCCCAAACCCAUCUCUCAA